AUGCAAGGCUCGAUGCAGUUCAAGCGGGCGCUGCUCAAGAGCCUGCUCCUAGGUCUCCGGGAGCGUGGCGUCGCGUCUAGGGAGAUGGGCUUCCUCGAGAGGAAGCGCGCCAUCAGGCGCGCCGCCGACGCCGCCCUCGUCUCGGCCAGGGGCUCCGACGCGACGCGUUGGAGCCAGGCGCUGGAGACGCAAUGUCGGCCGUCGACGAGCAAGAGGGUCUUGAGGAGGUGCCACCGGCCUAGGCCGAGGAAGGCCGGCACGGCGGCGAGGCCGAGGGGCUCGGCUGGCGUCGUCGCGAGGGCCAUGCUGAGGAAGAGGACGCAGGUCUUGAAAGGGAUCGUCCCGGGAGUGCAAGCCGUGGACGAUGAGUGCACGCUGCUGGGCGAAGCCUUGGACUAUGCCGUGUGUCUCAAGGCUCAAGUUGAUGUAAUGCAACUUCUGGUGAGGGCUCUUCAAGCUCCGAAACAAUAG